AUGCGCUGCCCCGAUACGGCGCCCAUGCUCCGCCACCACUUCUGCUUCUUCCACAUCGAUGCACCGGGGCACCAGGACGGCGCACGGCAUCUGCGAGGAUCCGCGUCUCACGGCACAGCGCAGGACAUGGCGGAUCAAGUUGCAGACGUCAUUAACGCGCUCGGGUUGAUGGACGUGACGUGCAUGGGCGUGACAGCGGGCGCGUACAUCCUCACGCUGCUCGCAGUACGCUCGCCUCGCCUCACCUCCCAUCGCACCCCCCCUCUUUUGCUGCUCGCUUCCUUCCCCCCUUCCGCCUUCCACGCCUGCCUGCGCCAUCCGUGUCUCGUGCGCUCGCUCAUCCUCAUCUCGCCUCUCUGCCGCCCCCCAUCCUGGGCCGAGUGGGGCGCGUCCAAGGUUAACCACUUCCUCCGCCCUCUUCGGACUCCCACCCCGCGCGCAACCCGUGCGCUGCAGGUGCUGGUGUCGUCGCUGUCCCUCGUCGGCGCUGCUUCCGCCAUUGCCUCCGCGGCCCUCAUGCAGCGAUACGUCCCCCUCGCCCAGCGCGCCAAGCCCAAUCAACGGCCGUCCAUCCCACAGCUCUCAGCCAUUCAAGAGGGCAUGAGGGGCAUGGCAGCAGACGGCAUGGUGCAGUACAUCCGAAUCAUGGACCAGCGCAAGGACCUGACGGGGCAGCUGGCGGGGAUGCGGUGUCCGUGCCUGGUGGUGGUGGGCGAGAUGUCGCCCUUCCGUGAUGACGCCCUGCACCUGCAUGCCCACCUGCCCCGCCGCCUCGCUGCCUGGUUCCAGGUACCUGCUCCCUUCGCCAUGCCAUGUUGUGUCCAUGCAUGA